UUUGAUUUUUCAUCGCUUUGUGGGUCUCUGGGAACCUUCACACGUUUGUUUACUAGAAAUCAAUGCGUUCCUUCCGACAAAGAGCAGCUCUCGCGUUUGACGCCAGCUUCAAUCCUUUGAAAAGAUCCAAGCUUUCGCUCUUUUAUUAAUCUUAGGGCAAGAGCCCUUGUUUCAUUGCCCCUUUCUCUUCGUCUUAGAUCCCCAGAUCCCGCGUUUCUUGGGCUUUCUCGGAGGGGAAUUUGGGCGAAUUGAGGAUGGAAUCGGAGAAGAAGCCGCUGGUUUCUAAUGGCGGGGCGUGGGCGAUGAAUGUUGUUAGCUCUGUUGGGAUUAUUAUGGUGAAUAAGCAACUCAUGUCUUCCAGUGGCUACGCGUUCACCUUCGCAACUACAUUAACUGGAUUCCAUUUCAUGGUGACCGCACUUGUUGGUUAUAUUUCAAAUGCCGCAGGCUACUCUGCAUCCAAGAAGGUCCCCAUUUGGGAACUCUUCUGGUUUUCAAUUGUUGCUAAUAUGUCAAUUACUGGCAUGAAUCUAAGCCUCAUGUUGAAUUCUGUUGGAUUUUAUCAGAUAUCGAAAUUGAGCAUGAUACCAGUGGUUUGUGUGAUGGAGUGGGUACUUCAUAACAAGCAUUAUUCAACGAGAGUGAUAAUGUCAGUGGUGGUUGUGGCAUUUGGUGUUGGUGUCUGUACAGUGACUGAUGUGGAGAUCAACGGAAAGGGUUUUAUCUGUGCAUGUGUCGCCGUUUUUUGUACAUCUCUGCAGCAGAUUACAAUAGGCUCUUUCCAGAAGAAGUACAACAUUGGUUCCUUCGAGCUUCUGAGCAAAACUGCACCAAUUCAGGCAGCAUCUCUUCUAAUAUUUGGACCAUUUGUGGAUUACUACCUCAACAAGAGCUCUCUAUUGAACUACCACUUUACUGGUGGAGCUUCUCUUUUUAUACUACUCUCAUGCUCUCUAGCAGUCUUCUGCAACCUGAGCCAAUAUCUGUGUAUCGGCCGCUUCUCUGCAACUUCCUUCCAAGUUUUGGGCCACAUGAAAACCGUGUGUGUAUUAAUUUUGGGCUGGAUUUUGUUCGAUUCGGCUCUCACAGGGAAAAACAUUCUUGGCAUGUUGCUUGCUGUGGUUGGCAUGAUAAUUUACAGUUGGGCUGUGGAAUCAGAGAAACAAACCAAGAUGUCUUCGCACGUUAGUGGUGAAAGUUUAGCACAAGAAGAGGAUGUAAAGCUUCUGAAAGAGAGAGUGAAUAGGAUAACCGAAUCCGACCUUGAGCUUGGACAAGCAAAGAGUUGAUUCUUUCUUCAAAUUUUGACAUUUUGUUAAAAUUUCUACUCGAUUAUUUUAUAGUACUCUGUCGCUUGAUUGUUCAAUUCUUUCGCCGCUAUUGUGGCAAUUAGAACUACCAAUUCACUGUAUCAAGUUGUAGCCAUUCUUUUACAAGUAAACUAUCAUGUCCAUUUGUUCCUUUUUUUCC